UCUGCGCACUGUGUGCUUCAGCAUGCGCUGACCCCGCUCUGUCCCCACUCUGUCAUUUUAUGUGGCCUACCACUUGGUGACUGGGUUGCCGUUGUUCCCAGUUGCUUCCACUUUGUUAUAAUCCCACUAACAGUUGACCGUGGAAUAUUUAGUAGCCAGGAAAUGUCACGGAUGGACUUAUUGUACAGGUGACAACCUAUCAUGGGACCACGCUUGAAUUCACUGAGCUCCUGAGAGCGACCCAUUCUUUCACCAAUGUUUGUAGAAGCAGUCUGCAU